AUGUACGGACUAAUAGUGAUCGGUAUACAAAAUUAUGUUGAAUCAAUUUAUGGUGAAGAUGUAUGGUUUAGAAUUGUUGAAAAAUCUAAUAUAGGUUUAUUAACAUUUCAAACGCAUAAUAUCUAUUCUGAUACAGUACCAGAACGUUUAUUUUUAGCAUUUAGUCAUGAAACUGGUGAAAGUAUUGAAAAUGUAACUUAUCAAACUGGUUUAUCAUUUGCUGCAUUUAUAUCUGAUUAUGGUUAUGGAAAUUUAUUACAUAAUUUACAUGAAUAUUUACGUUUAUCUUAUCCAGAUAUUCAACCACCAUCAUUUUCUAUUAUAAAUACUACAAAUGAUUGUAUACGUUUAAAAUAUUCAUCAAAACGUAAUGGAUAUAUACAUUAUGUUCGUGGACAAUUAAUUACAUUAGCUAAACGUUUAUAUGAUCUUGAUAUUAAAGUAAUAUUAAUUAGUACGAAAAUUAUUAAUAAUAUUUAUCAAACGAUUUAUGAUAUAUAUGCAUUAAAUGGUAAACGAUGGAUUGAUCCACAAGAUUAUUAUAUACAAAAACCAUUAGAUAGUUGGGGUGAUACAAUAUCUAGUAAUGUAUUUUUUGAUAUAUUCGCUUUUUCAUUAUUAAUAACAAAUCAAAUGAAAAUUAAACGAGCUAGUACAUCAUUUCGUAAAUUAGAUUCAUCUCUUGAAGGUUCAGAUUUUAAUGAAAAGUUCUUAUUAUUUAGACCAUUUAUUAAAUCAAAUUUAGAAGAGAACUUAAUUAGUUAA